UGAUAGAAAUGAAAAGUUACGAAAAAAAAAAUAAUCUAUACUUCUUCUUCAUGAUGAUACUUUUCUAUCAACUUUUACAAUAAUCAUUUUAAAUGUGGGAUAAGAUAGGUACUAGUAGGUAAAGCUUAUUACUAUAUAAGUUUUCAUCAACAAGUUCAUCAAUAACAAAGUGUCUCUAUAAUAAAUAUUUUGUAAGAAGAUAUAUAGUAGAGUGAACUAAAAAUUAAUUAAAGAUCAAUAUGGAAGGCAAAACUAUGGUUAUUGUGAGUGUUCUGUUAGUGAGCCUUGUUUUGGGACAAAUUCAAGUUGAGGCGAAGAGUUGUUGUCCAACAACCACUGCUAGAAAUAUCUACAAUGCAUGUUGUUUAACGGGAGACUCCAGAAAAUUUUGUGGAUCGAUCAGCGGAUGCAAAAUUAUUUCUGGGAAUACAUGUCCCGACCCUUAUCACCAUGACAUUCUCGAAAACAAUGGUGGUGAUUAUGUCAAUGAAUACUGUAAGUUGGGGUGUACAUCCUCUCUGUGCGAUCCCUUAACCACUCUCCAAGACUCUGAUGCAAGUGAGGUUGUGAAGGAAGCUGUUGAAAAAUGUACCAAGGCAUGUUUUGCUAUUUACACUAAGGGUUCCAUUGCUGCUACUCCAGUUGAAAUUGCUAUGAAGGAGUAAUAUUUGUCAUCUAAGGGGUGUCGUCUUUUCUUGGCUUUCAAUAAUUGUCAUAUAUAAUGUGACAAAAAUAUGCUAGACUUGUCUAAUGCUAUCUAGCUACUUGUAUUUAAGGUGUUUCCGGUUUGUAUGUGUCGUAGAAGAUUGUCGAUCCUAGAUUGUAUAUUCGUCUACUUGUUGUUAUCCAAAUUAAUAAAGACUAAUUAAUAUGUGUCCUUUUUUAA